AGAGGCGGCGGGCGCCGGGGGACGCGCUGCCCGGGCGCCGAUAAACUCCACCCGCCGAGGGAUGAAGUGGCCCGCACAGCGCCGAUCUGUCGGUAGAUCGGUCUUUGCGUCCCUUCACAUCGAAGCGAGUGGACGCAGUCGCCCACAAGGCGCUUCUUCCAGCAGACGGCACUUUUGUCACCGGCACCUGCCCCAUCCCCGUCUGGAAGACGCGACCGUGCCAACCUCUGCCCGUCCAAAUGUGCAUUGGCCCAGCUUCUGUCAGCUGCGGCUUGGCGAGGGCUUUCCAGUUGCUGCCCCGCGGGGUACGUUUACCACUUUUUUCCUCGCAGAUGUUCAAGAAAAAGGGCCUUUCAGGUCACCAAAUCCUUCCUGCCCAUCCUGGAGUGGCUGCCCAACUACCGGGUGAGAGAGUGGCUGAUCAGCGACAUCAUCUCGGGGGUCAGCACCGGUCUCGUCGCCACCUUGCAAGGUUUGGCAUAUGCUUUGCUGGUUGCAGUGCCUGUUGGAUAUGGUCUCUAUUCUGCUUUUUUUCCCAUCCUGACAUACUUUUUCCUGGGAACAUCAAGGCACAUCUCAGUCCAUUCCCUGUAGUCAGUUUGAUGGUGGGAUCUGUUGUAUUGAGCAUGGCCCCCGAUGAUAAUUUUCUCAUAGAUGGCAGUAAUGCUACAGGGACUAAUGGUACUGAGGCACUGAUAGACACUGCAGCCAGAGAUGCACAGAGAGUGCUGAUUGCUAGUACUCUCACAUUUCUGGUUGGAAUUUUACAGGUAGUGUUUGGAGUCCUUCAAAUUGGUUUCAUUGUGAGGUACCUUGCAGAUCCACUAGUUGGGGGAUUCACAACUGCAGCUGCUUUUCAAGUGUUUGUGUCACAACUGAAAAUAGUCCUAAACGUUUCAACUAAAAACUAUAAUGGUGUCCUUUCCAUAAUAUAUACUCUUAUUGAAACAUUUCAAAGAAUUGGUACCACCAACGUUGCAGAUCUUAUUGCUGGACUCAUCACUAUUGUUGUCUGCAUGGUAGUUAAAGAGAUAAAUGAUCGAUUCAAACACAAGAUACGUAUACCUAUACCAAUAGAAGUUAUUGUGACAAUAGUAGCCACUGGCAUUUCAUAUGCUGCUGACUUGGAAGGCAAAUACAAUGCAGGCAUUGUUAAAAGCAUUCCAAGAGGAUUUUUGCCUCCUGAACCUCCAGAUGUCAGCCUGUUUUCCCAGAUGAUAGCAUCCUCCUUUUCCAUUGCUAUUGUUGCUUAUGCUAUUGCUGUAUCCGUGGGGAAAGUAUAUGCAACCAAGUAUGACUAUGCUAUUGAUGGAAACCAGGAAUUCCUUGCCUUCGGGAUCAGCAACAUUUUUUCAGGUGCCUUUUCUUGUUUUGUUGCAACUACUGCUCUUUCACGGACAGCCGUCCAAGAAAGUACUGGUGGAAAGACUCAGGUUGCUGGUAUCAUCUCAGCUGGGAUUGUUUUGAUCGCGAUUGUGGCCCUGGGGAAAUUGCUAGAGCCCUUACAAAAGUCUGUGUUGGCAGCUGUAGUCAUUGCUAACUUGAAAGGGAUGUUCAUGCAAGUGUUUGAUGUUCCCCGUCUGUGGAGACAGAAUAAAGUGGAUGCUAUGAUCUGGGUUUUCACAUGUGUAGCAUCAAUCAUUCUGGGACUUGAUUUGGGAUUACUUGCUGGCCUUUUGUUUGGAUUGCUGACGGUUGUGCUGAGAGUUCAGUUUCCUUCAUGGGGUGGCUUUGGAAACAUUCCUGGCACAGACAUCUACAAGAAAGUCAAGGACUACAAAAAUGUUAUAGAACCAGAAGGUGUGAAGAUCCUCAGGUUUUCAAGUCCAAUUUUUUAUGCUAACAUCGAUGGACUGAAAAGCAGCCUCAAAUCCACAGUAGGGUUUGAUGCAGUCAAGGUAUAUAACAAGAGGCUCAAAGCACUGAGGAAGAUACAAAAGCUAAUCAAGAAGGGAAAAUUAAAAGCUACUAAGAAUGGCAUCAUCAGUGAGCCUGGUAUUAAUAAUGAAGCUUUCACGACUGAUGAGGAACCUGAAGACAAUGAAGAUCUUCAAGUUCCCACCAAAGAAGUAGAGAUCCAAGUGGACUGGAAUUCAGAACUCCCAGUCAAAGUAAACAUCCCCAAGGUGCCCAUCCACAGUCUCAUUUUUGAUUUUGGAGCAGUAACCUUCUUGGAUGUUGUAGCUGUGAGAUCAAUAAAAACGAUAAUUAGAGAGUUUGAGAGAAUUGAUGUGAGAGUAUACUUUGCUUCAUAUCAAGACAACCUUAUAUCUCAACUGGAACGGAGUGCUUUCUUUGAUGAUACUGUCAGAAAAGACAUGUUCUUCCUGACUGUCCAUGAUGCUGUGCUCUACAUAAGGAAUCGAAUGACAUACAGUGACAAGCAAGAUCCUAUAUUUGAGAAGAUUUCACUCAUGCAGGAGUCUAAAGAACCCAUAGAAUUCACAGAAACAAGCCGGCCUGAUGAUCAACUGGAUGUUCAGGAAGAGGCUAUGCGCAGACUUGCUUCGUGAGGACGGACUGUUGGAACUGUCUUACCUGUGGUCUCACAGCAAUAUUUAUGCACCUGUACUAUAUAAGCAUUUUCUGCAAUGAAACCAAUCUUUGCACUUGAAGAAAACCCUGAUUGUUUGUCUGAAUGAUACAGAUCUCUAGAAAUCUCCACAUUUUAGCUAACGUUAUCCCAGAAAUAUACUGGACCUUGAUUUUGCAAGCACUUUCUGAUAUGUUAUAUUGAUUAAAAAAAAAAAUCAGAAGACUAUUACGAAAGACAUACUCGGUUUUGGGACUAGUGAGUCAGAAGGUGCAUUACAGCAUUACAUCAGUGUGUACAGGAUGAAAAGUUGCUUUGUGGUCUGCCCAGGAGAGUUGAAGAGACCAAAACCUUUGGAUGGCAAGCCUUUUGUUCUGUAUUUGUACAAUGCCUAGCAAGAGAGCAGGAGUUCUAGCCGGCCAAGGCUUUGCAAUUGUAGAACAUUACUGUGAGCAUAUGGGCUGACAAGGCUUGAAUAAUGUAUAAUUAUGAUUGGUUUUUUUUUCCAAGCAAUUCCUUAAAUUGCUGCAGGUUGUUAGAUAACUGAAACAGGUGACAGGUGAAACAGUCACAUGAACAGAAAAAGGCACUGAACUCCUAUAAAACUUUAAAUAGGAGAAGUCUCAAUAGAAAAGACCCUUGAGUAUGGGCUCAUUAGUUCUGUACUAAUCCAGUUGUAGCAAAUCAUGCACUACUAUUAACAAUCGUCCCUACAGUGAAGUAUACACAGAAGAUUAUUUUGGCUAGGUUACAUGUCCUUGAUCAAGAGGCAGAUUGUGACAUAGAUAGAUUAAGGAAAACCUUAAUCCCCAAGUACUUAACGGAAUCUGUAGAACAGGCUGCUACUGAGUGCAAGUAAGAAAUUCAGAAUGCAACCUAGUAUAGAGGUUUUUCCUUUUAAUUAAAUGGAAUAUAGGAGUUUUUUUUGUUUAAUAGUUAUAUUUUUAUAUAGCAUAUUUUUCUUUUAAUAUUCUACAUCAAACUGCUGCUGUUCUUUUACAUUUGACAGUCCAUGAUGCACAAGUGCAAUAAUUUACAAAACAUAAAUAAUUUGACCUGCAAAACUUUAAUCCUUACUUUAGGACUAUAUAAAAGAGAUAUGCAGGAAAGCAAUGUUCUUACUUUUCAUGAAGAAGAAAUGUGUUUUGAUGGAAAACAAACUGCUACCUUAAAUUUUUUAGCACUACAUUUUUUUUUUUUAAUGGAAAAAAACCCUGAAUGGUGAGGGAACAGAUAAUAAGAAAAGUGUGAGAAGUGUCCCAGUAUAAAACCCCUUUAAGUUCCACAAUGUCAGCUAAUUAGCUUCAGUAUGUUCACAUACUUAAGUCUCCUUCUUUUAUUUCAUUGGAGAAAUGUUCCUAUAUCACACUGCACAGCGAUUUUUUUUCUGCAAGUAAUGUUACUGGAAAAUCUCAGGUGAAAAGCUAAGCACUAAAUAAAUUAUUCUGUCCUAAGGACCUGAAUGAACUCCAUCAAAAUCAGUGAAAGAAAUCUUAUAACUUUCUGUCACCUGGACAGUACCUUACACAGUAGGUAACACCACCAGACUGGCAUCUUCAUGCUUUAAUUAAGGCAAAAACUUCAGCCUUCGUGACAGUCAGUGAAGUUUCCCAUUUCAAAUGCAAUACAAAUAGACAUAUGCCGUUGGGAUGUGGGACUGACAUCUCCACAAGCUGAGAAUUAGGCCCGUGUUUCAUUGGCAAAUCAGGCCGAUCCGCACCUCCUCAGACGAAAGCAGUAAUUUCCAUUUACACUAAGGCUUAGGCUCAGGCUGGGAUUUGACAAUUUGGGCUUUUAGCACUACCUCUCCUCGUUCUCCCCCCUUCCCUUCACCAGCCUGACACAGGAGGUUGGCGCUUCUGCCCAAUUCCUGACAAAACCUUCCUGUCAGGCCAUGGCCCCGACUUCCAUUAACCCACAUCUCAGGCAGAGCUGCCAGCGCACACAGCACACAGGACAAAGCCAGUGACACGUUUCGCAGAAGCUCUAUUGCUUUCCUAAAGUGCACCUGCAUUUUAUGUAAAAAGGAAAAUAUUCUACCUGGGACUGACAAGUGAGUUUUCAGCUUUUUAUGCAGGGCACAUACUAUGAAAAAGAUAGUAUUAAAAAAUUAUAGCAGUGGAUUUAUUUUCCUCAAGAGGACAUCUGCACUGUGAAGUUUGAGUAUGCAUUCUUACCUGACAGAAAUGUGGGCUUCUUUUAUUUUUUGAACCUUCUCCAGUUCUUGUCCAUACAGGUAUUUACAAAAAGCAAUUAAAUAUCCAACAGUCUUCCAGUUUUCUUUCCAAAUAUGACAUUUCAGAUGGAACUAAUUGUGAUAAAGUAUAAUGCAAUGCAGUUAUUAUUGGCCUGCGUAUUUCUUCAACACGUGGUGGUAUUUGUUCUUAAUUCAACUGGCACAAAAUAUUCAGUGUUUCCUGAAAAUGGCAUUGCACACAAAGCCUACAGUUCCACAGAGGUAACAUGCAGACGGCAAAUGCUUUCUCAGUGGGUCGGGGCGUGUGCUUCUUCAUUUUCUUUCUAUGUAUCCAUCAAAAUGAAGGAUACCAAAAUUUUUCAAUGAAGCUAGAAUUCCCUACAAUUUUGUACUAAUUCAAACAUCCAUAAGUAAUGCAUCUAGGUGUGCUUAUCUUUUUCCACUAGAAUGAAGAAGCGAUAUUUUUGUAUGUAUUUUGAGUAUUACUGUUCUGUCUUUGCAUGUCAGGUAUUAAAUUUGGAGAGAUAUUUAAAGUUUUUUUAAAAGCUGCAUUUUAAAAGUAAUUGUACCCAUUAACUAUAAAAUAAAGUUGUGCAUACUGAAGACACG